AUGGAUACGUCAAAACCUAGAGAUCUUGAUUGGUCCAAGCUUUGUCCCGAUAUUUUGCGAAAGAUCUUCGAGACAUUGAUCCCUGUCGACUCUCACCGAGCAAAAACCGUUUGCUUAGGUUGGUAUUCCGUUUGGAAAACAUGUGCUAAUCGUCCUCGUAGUCGUCCAUGGCGGAUCAUACACCAAGGCGAGUCUUCAAAUCUGUUUGAUCCCGAUGAAGACAAGGUUUACACAAGAAAACUCGUCGAAGGACUCUCCGGAGACUAUCGCAUGGCUAGCUACGGCAACUGGCUCCUCAUGCUUGAUGAUCGUACCGAGUUCUAUCUUUUGAACCUGUUAACGUUUAAGAAGAUCAAGCUUCCGUCAAUGGAGGAAGUGAAAAUGAAAUCUGACGAAAAGUGUGGACUCUUGGUCAAGACUUGUCGUAAGCAUCGUCGUCUCAAGGACAUUAUCGGAUGGGAAAACCUCUCGGAAGACAUUCGCGAAUGGAAAAGUUCAGCUGUUCUAUGGAUAGACGAUAAAACAGGAGAUUACGUCGUUGCUUGGAUCUUUAGACAGCAAUUCUUGUUCUCAUACAAGAAAGGAGAUGUUUCAUGGAUUUUCGAUUUCUCUCGAGGGAACCCUAAUGAAGAAGUAGCAGGUAUCAAGAACCCGUAUUGGUACUAUCCGUUUCGCUUCGUUGAGCAACCGUGGGAGUACAUUUGGAGGAGGAAGAUAGCGAUUCGAAACUCGGGAGAGGUUUUGAUCAUCUUGAGCUUAAAAGAAAAGGAGAAAUAUGAAAAUGAACAUGAAGAGAGACUUUUGUUUCACGUCUUUAGGAUGAAUCGUAAGAGUGGGAAAUGGGAGAGAGUAUAUUCUAUAAAAGGUGAGAUGUUGGUGUUUGGUCAUGGGGUUACGGUAAGAGCACCGGUUGAAGAUUGUUUUGGUGAUGGGAUCAAGAGUGGUUCAAUCUGUUUCGUCGAUGAUGAUGUUUGGCCAGACCAUCAAGAUCAUGACCGUCGUGCUUCAGAUUGCGGUGUCUUCGAUCUUGCCACAAGUAGAAUCGAAUGGCGUAAGAGAUUAUGCGUUUAUAUAAACAAAACUCAGUGGUUUGCUCCAGGAGUUGCUUAUUAA